AGGUAGAGAUGAAUCCUUCUUGUUUAAUAUCGCCGACCAAAUAAUUUUUUAUAAUUCUACCAAACAGGAACUGAAGGGGGCUCUGAAUCAAAACAUUUCAAUAAUUCGGUUCCUGAUUGGUGGACGCUGCAAGGAGGAUGAUCGACGUGAAGGAAUGGGCGCAGUACGUGGUGGAGUGGGCCGCCAAAGACCCCUACGGUUUCCUCACCACCGUUGUCCUGGCGCUCACACCUCUAUUCAUCGCCAGUGCCCUGUUGUCGUGGAAACUCGCCAAGAUGAUCGAGGCCAGGGACCGGGAACAGAAGAAGAAGCAAAGGCGUCAGGAGAACAUCGCCAAGGCAAAGCGGCCAAAGAAAGACUGAGGUGCUCAGGAGCUGGAAUGGGGAAGUGACUAAUGCUGUGUUUGCUCUGCCUCCAGAACCCCACCCUCCCACCACCCACUCCAGUGGAAGGGGCCACAGUCCUAAUAAUGGCUCGCAGGUUUUAGACAGAAGUGGUUUAACAGCACAAGUUCUGUGGAGCCACAGUGGAGAAGGAGUAUCACUUACAGGCAGAGAGGGGAAGAGGGUGCAUUUUUCUGCAAGAAUCUCAUUUGCAGAAAUCUGUAGUCUUUGUAUAGUAGUUCAGCAUUCCAUUAGUUUCAGAAGUUUGUUCUGUUCCCCAAGGUGCCCUAUACAAGUUAACCCAUUAAUGAAAUACUUCAAAAUAAUGUGUGCUUAAUGAAACUUUUUUUUAUAAAGAUGCUUGGAACACAACCUUGCCAUCACUGUUUGUGGUUUAAGUCCAGAUACUGAUGUAUUAUACAAGUUUGAUUCAUGAAAACAAAACAUCUAAAUCAGUCUGGGAAUUAAGGUGCUAUAUACCAGGUUCAAAGUUAACUUGUACUCCAGUGCGUCGUCCGUGAAUGUUUCUACCACUAAAUGUCCGCUCUGAUUGAAAGCUUUUUCAUAUGGUUGUAUUUGAUAGAUACAAGUCUGAAGACAAGGUUGUAGAAUGCAGGACUAUGAUCACCUGAAUAUAUCAACCAUGUUGGCCCUCUGAAGUUAAGUAACCACUCCUCUGACAUUAUGGUCAUUAGAAAAUCUUUACCACAGAGUGAACGGCCAUGGGCUUUCCAUUAGAUUGUGCCUGUUUGUGUGGCAGCACUCUACAUCUAUGGCUUUUAUCUUUUAAAGAAAUGUAAGACCGUAUUUCCUG